GAGCCAACAAAAUUCGACCCGGCCCAACAGCUAACCCUUUCUUUCUCCUUCCACUGAUCAUUUUAAGUAGAGAUCAGAAAACCUCUGAACGAUCUCAAAAUCACUGCAGAAAUACACACUUUCACACUCCCAAACGCGCACAGAAGCAUAAAGAUGGCAAGUAGAUUGGGAAGAAGAGUAGUACACUUUGCAAACCUACCAAUUAAGCUCCUCAUGCCCUCCUCUUUCUCCAAUAUUAGGGAAAUUGCCCUCAAAACCAUCCCUUCUGCCUCCAAGAUUGAGAUAAAGAGGGUUUUAGAGUCCCUUUAUGGUUUUGAGGUUGACAAAGUGAGGACUUUGAAUAUGGAUGGAAAGAAGAAGAAGAGAGGUGGGCUGUUGAUUGCGAAACCAGAUUACAAGAAGGCUUAUGUGACCCUGAAAAAUCCUUUAUCAAUUUCACCUGAUGUGUAUCCCAUUAGAAUGAUUGAGGAGGACAAGAAGAACAUGGCUAAGCCCUCGAAAAAAUCAAGCAUGUUGGAGGAUGGUGAGCCCAGGACUCCACAUUGGCUUGAUGAGAGGAAAGAUAGGUCCAAUGGGUUCAGGCAAGAGAGGUUCGGAUCCCCUCGUCGUGGUGGCCAUAGUCGUGAUGGUCCUGGUGGUGGGGGUAGUACUGGUGCAGCGGCUGCCAAGUUCCCGUGGAGCAAUAUGAAGUCCUUUGCUAGUGAUCAAUGCGAAGAGUAGCCACAUCCUCAAACCACCAAUCUUCUUCACUGAUGUUCUCCACUGUGGCUGAGUUUUCUCGAGAUACUUUCCAUGAAAUUGAGUCGCAACAUCUUCGAACAAUCUGAAGGUUUUCACCCCAUGGAGACAGCUUUUCACAUGAUUUGAGGACAGUGACUGAGUCUCUCCAUAAAGAAAGGACCACAAACGUAAAGAAAGCUUCAGUCUUGGAGAUG